AGCAUUCCCAGUUUGUUAAGCAAAACAAUAAUUACCAGCCCGGUGGGUCCCGAGCAGCAGCAGCGGAGGCGGCUGUCCGCGCUGGCCAUGCUGCCAUGCCCCGUUCGCGGCUCAGGGAAAGGCGUGUGAGGCUCCUGCUGCGCUUCUCCUGCUCCGAUCGCCCGGCCAGGUAUGUUUUUGUCUUGAUGGAUGUCACCCAAAGGACAAAGGGACUGCUCCUCCUUUUAGUGAGCUCCUGACAGAGCACUGCUAGAAACACCAGCUGCUCAGAUUCAUCUCUUCUGAGUAAAUGAAGAAAGUGACUAUGAAGGCACAGCAUCUGCCUUCUGUUUUCAUCAAUGAAGAGAAGUUCGUAACCAGAGAGCAGCUCAGUUCUCUUCUGAAGAAUUAUAACUCUUACUAUUCAGAUCAAGAGAAUCUGCAACUGACAUAUAAUCAGCAGGAAGGAAGCACCCCCUUCAUUGAAGGAAUCCUGUCGAUAUUCUGGGGCGUACGGCAUCCUAUCAGAUUAAAGAUUCAGGAUGAGAAGCAAAUACCCUCUUUUGUAACCCUGAAGUCAACAGAGAAUGUGAGCUUUUUCCCCAGUAAAAGGGGAAUGACUCGCUGGGGAGAGUUUGAUGACCUCCAUCACAUCAGCGGGGAUACACUGAAAUCUACUGAGGAGCAGCCAGAUCUCCAGCAAAGUUAUCCAUGCUAUGAAAGUCACACUCUCAGGUCCAGGAGGGAGCAGGAGCUCGACUGUGCCACCCUGCCCCGCAGCAGCAGCGAUGCCGCAGCCGUGCGCAGGAGGACCAAGCUCCCCACCAUCACCAGGACAGAAGUAGAAACUCACAGGUUCUCUAUCAAUGGCCACUUCUACAACCACGAGACAUCCGUUUUCACUCCGGCUUUUGGGUCAGAAACCAAAAUAAGAAUCAACAGCCAGAUGAGAACCAGACAAGUGAUAGAGCAGUUGCUUCGGAAGUUUAAGAUAGAAAACAGCCCCCAUGAAUUUGCACUUUACGUUAUCCAUGCAUCUGGAGAAAAGAAGCAGCUGAGGAGUAGAGAUGUUCCCUUGCUGCACAGGCUGCUGCAGGGGCCCUCUCAGAAGGUUGCCAAGUUCUUUCUCAUGGAUAGGGAUGUGGAAGAGAUCAGCAGUGAUGUGGCUCAGUACAUUUCAUUCCAUCUUCCCUUCUUGGAAUCCAUUCUGCACAGAAUAAAUGAAGAGGAGAAGCAGGAGAUUCAACAGACAACUGCAAGGUACACACGAGAGAAGAGGCUGAUCCAGCAGCACCUGCGCAGUCGGAGCGUUCAGAAAACAGAGACCACGGUGUGAGGGGACGGCCCUGGAGAGCACUGGGAAUGCCCCUGGAACGCCUGGGCUGCUGAAGGACAGUCCUGCUGCCUUCUGGGCUGGGACUGAGCAGUGACAGUGCCCCGUGGGAGAGGUGUCCCCUCACAAUUAACCCCUGCAGCGCUGGGGUGCGGGCUGCAAGCACCCACGGAGAUGCACACUGCCCAAACUGCAGAUGCUGGCUCUGACUUGGAACUUGGGCAAAAACUCCCCUGAAAAGCCCAAGGCUUUAAAUCCUGCUCAUGUGUGACCUGGCACCAAGAGGCUGGCGUAGAAAAAUACUGCAAUAACCAAUGUGCUGAUAGAAAAUGUGCAAACUAGGAAUAUGGUUAUCCCUCUGUUAAAGAAAUGUUGUGUUAUAUCAGCAGAAAGCUUUUCAGUAGAGCCAAGUGGCAGAAGAUAUUUAUGUAUUUAAGACUGCAGGUAGGAUUUCCAUUUAAGUUAUAAAACAUCCAUGCAAGAUGCCUGAAAUCCAUGGGAUUCAGGCUGAUGGAUGCUGAAACUGCUUAAGCUUUGAGCUGCUGUUAGAAAAACAUAACUGGAAACCCUCCCACUGAGGAGCUGCUGAGCUCUUAGCAAUGACAGGGAAUUUAUUGCUGAAAUACCUUGUGCACUGCAAAGUAAGAACUGACUGAACACUGUGGGGUCCUGAAAGGCACCUCAGUGGUUUCUGUACUUGGAAUUGUUGAUUGUGUUCCUUCCUGAGUGUUCUGUUUGACGGGGAAUGGAGGUGCUCAGUGAGAGGCCGCGUGUCACAGCCAGGGAGGGCUGGGCCCACGGCCUCCCAGGGAUGCAGUUUGGCUCCAGCCCAGCCCCACGCAGGGCACUGCAGCCCCUGCCAGGUCCUUCCUGGCUGAGCUGUGCUCCAUCUUAGAGCUGCAGUUACAGAGAUGUAAAUAAAAUAAAGCUGUGCACAGCUCUCUGUCCUCCUG